GUCGGUCCAUGCCUGUGCACCAUGUUGCUAUCCCGCCUGGUUCGUCCCCCUACCGGCCGGUGUCGUAACCCCGCCCCCCUGAAUCCUUCUUCUUUCUCCGUACGGGACCGCAAUGAUUUAGAAGUUCAGGAAUCCCACGCGACGUCAUCGGAGAAUGAUGUAAUGCUUCUGUAAAUAGAUCGUAUUGUAAUCCCGCUCCAGUCCAACGUGGUUCCUCUCUGGAGCGCCGCUUGUCCCUCUCCACUUGUAGGUAAGCCUUCACAAUUUACUUCCAUUCACAAAACUUUUAACCCAACUCAAAGCGUACUUUUUACUCUCAGAACACUUUGCUGAACCUACUUUUGGACGUCUUUUUUUUUCUUUUUUUAAUGUCGCGCAACUUUAGAUAUGAAAGUUCUUGGCGAACUGUCUCCGUUAAAGUCCCAUCACACCGGGCAGGUCGGUUUGAGCGCGAGCGUCUAUUUGGGGGGUGUGACAGCUCUCUCCAUACAGCUGUGCCGGGCUUGUUUAUGAGUUGAACAGGUUGCUUUUACGGAGCGGUGAGGAGGGACACACACCGGCAUGUUCUCGGGACGCACACUGACACCGGCUGCUCACUCGCCGGGGAAGUUUGCCGGCUGGAGCCGCUGCUUACGGUGCGCUGACCGAGCAUUAAAUUUGAAGCUGUUGCAGGACGUUUAUCAAACAUGGCAACUUUGGGGAGCAGUAAGUAGUCGUGGUGGUUAUAGUCAGGUGGUUUUAAAAGUUUGUGGAGUUAUAUUAUUUGUUUAACCCGUGGCGUUUGACAGACAGAGGAGGUGGAGAGGAAGGAAGCCUAAAAUUGUAGCUGCCCCAGAUUUCUCAUUUUUUUUAAGGCAAGCUCGACAUUAAUCCGUCUUGAAUUGGCAACAUGUUGUCUGCUCCCUUGUCGGAUUUAUGUAUUAAGGGUGACGUCAUUCCGCAUCGAUGUAACCACUCUGACAGGAGGUUUUGCUGAAAAUGUGCUGAGUGUGCUCUUCUUGUACAAGUGCGGCUAAAAAUGGGGGCAGAUUUAGCGCCAAAAGCUGCUCAAUAAUGUGAGUGAUCUUACUGAAGUAGGUCUGUUUUUGUCAAAUAAUGAAAUGUCAAAUUAUGUAAUAGAUCAAACAAGCAGAGUUGACUUAUAUCAUGACCUCCAAUUUGGGAAACCAGGAAUCCUCUGGUCCUUUUCCGCUCUUUCUGAGAAUGACAAAUCAGCCUAUCCUUGCUUGUGUUGUUGUGGAUGCUUGUUUUCUUUCCCUGUUUUGUAACACACAAACACACACACACGCUGACACACACCUAUGAAGUCACCUCUAUUUGGCGGGGGCUGGAAAAUGGGGGCAGUGGCAGGUUCAAACCUGUUAGGAGGAGUAGGCCCUCCCUGUGCCGCCUCCCGCCCUCAUUCCAUCUCUCCUCAAUUCAUUGUGUCAUCCUCCUCUCUCUCCCUUUCUCACUGCCACUUGCCCUUUCCAUUCCCCUCUCCAUCACCCUGUAAUGUCACUCUCAACCCCCCCCCCCCACCCCCCACCCCCCCAACAACACACACACAUACUUUCCAUUUCUUAUGGAAGCAUGUACUUUUGCCCUCUUCCUCUCCUCACUCCCCUCUCUAGCUCUCGCUCUUUCCCAUAACAACAGGACUCACUUUACCGCCUUUUCACGCAAACCUCCACAUUGUGUACCUGUGAAUGUACUCAACACACUCCUCAUCUCUGCUAUCUUCACCUUUAACCCCUCCUCGAUUGCUUCUUCCUUUCCUCUGGAGUUAUUAUCGGGACUAAAGGAGGACAUAAAAGUCGAGGAAGGGCUGCCUUAUUGACCUUUGGGUCCUCUCUACAAGUGUGUUUGGUGACAGUCAGCUGAGAGGAAUGCCCAAGGUCAGGGAGUUGAAGGCUUCUUCCUCAGCUCUCAGCGGAAAAUGAAGGGCCAGGAGUGAGAGCACUUCAAAAAGAAGUCAUAAUUAUCCCCCAUCACUUUUUUAGUAUCCUCAAUGAAGAGCUAAAAGGGUCAAGCUGGGGCGAAGUCGGCAUUUGGGCCCCUUAUUGUGUCUUCAGUCUGUGUUUGUAUUGACACUUACACCUUACAUUGACUUUAUUUUCACGUAACGCCCCUUUUAUCACACUGGUAUUAUUAACUGAUGCUCUGAUGAAAGCUUAAUUAUAGGUGGAAAUAGUUACUCUACACUGAGAAUUAAGCAACAUAAAAAACAGGAAAAGUGACGAUGGUGAUAAUAUGAGACUUUGAUACCCUUUUGAUGCCCACAUCAUGUUAUUAGCGAUGUGUAAUGAGUAGUCUGAAACAACACAGACAGAUUGAUUGUAUCAUCAUUCUUGCAGUGGCACCAAAGGGAUCAUUUGCGCCCAUCAUCUGCUUUAUUACACACUGUUUUAUCUGUAAAUACUUGAUAAUAGAGGAUAAGAGUAUCAUACAAGCUUAUGAUUAUUCUGAAACUAGCUGUCUGUGUAAAUAAAAACAUAGCAGAGAUAGCUAAAGGCUUAUUAAACAAUGUAAGAAACCCCAGAGACGUAGCAGUUCCCUACAGUAAAAUAGGGCCGUGUUUUAAAUAUGUUGUUCUUUCUUCUCUUUUGCAGGCUUGUGUAUGACAUGAAUGACAAACAGGACAGGCCUUAUGUGUGCGGCGCUCCCGGCUGCUCUCAGGUCAGCUGGAUACAGCAUGCAUGUGUUAUGUAAUGCAACCGCUUUAAAAAAUGUAUAUUAAGCUUUAUCAAACUUGGUCAAACAAUGAGAUCAUUCACUGCAGGACGUGGAGUAGUAUGCUUUAAAGUUCGGGGGGAAAAGAAGUGGUUUUCCAUGGCUGUUAAUUGUAGGAAACUGAACAAUACGUAGUUAAUGAGGCCAACCACACAGCCUGGAUAUUUGUAUGAUGCAAAAAAAGAGUGGACAUGAUGUAUUUCCAGACUGAUAAUAAGAGUAUUUUCCAGAUUUAAGAAUUUAUGAGUCAGUAAAGACCGUGCAAUAAAGAAUUACAGCGAGAACAACAGUGAAAUGAAACUUUAUAUCAAACUAAUGUUAUUCUAAAGAUUGAUAUAGUGACAAGACCAAGAUAAAUAAUCAUGGUCAAUGAGUGUUUAGUUUUUUGUCAUCAGAUGUCACAAGUUUUCCACUUUUUCCAGCCAGUACCCUCAUGACCAAUCAGUCAACUGCACGAGCUAAACUGAAAAUCUAUUCUGCUGUACAGCCUCACACAUCUCCUCAUGUCUCUCUCACUCUGUCGGUGUACUGCAGCGUUUCCAGCUAGAGGAGCACCUGAUCAUCCACAGACACAAGCAUGAGAUGACCCUCAAGUUCCCCUCUAUCAAGACUGACACAGCUUUUACAGGUGAGCGAGCCCACAGAGACCUGGCAAACGUAAUCAGUCGACACCUGAAAUGUUUUUUUCCCUUCUUAAACACGCUACAAGUCGCUCAGUUCGGCUGAGUGUGCGGCAACCUGUUUCAGCACUUUCAGCAUGAAGAAGUGAUGACUUCACGUUAUACAGCAUGAAAUCAGAUAAGCUCGAUACAGGCUUCCUUCCCUCUGAUAGUCUGCGCUGUGAAACAGAGCGGCUCCUGUUGCAGCCUGUACAGUACGCUGCAUCAGAUUAGACUGAAUAUACUGAUAACAGCAUCGGAGGGGGGCCCACUUGGAUUUAAAAACACAGAGAGGAGGUGCAAAAGUGUGGUCAGCAAAAAACACCUGUAACUUUAAUGUGUGAGUUUUAAAUUGUAUACUGGGAAAAGGAAGGAGGGCGCGAGUGCAUACAAUACAGGCUGUGUUUUUUACUUGAUGGGUGUAACCUGUGUUUUAUUAUUAUAUAUAGUAAAGAUUAAAUGAUCUGUAAUUUAUUGUCUUGGUUUACUGGUUAAUUAUUUAGCAUUCCGUUCACCCAAAAUACAAAAAAGAUAACUUAAUCUUAAUCUAACUAUCUUAAUUAAGAUAGAAAUAUGUGAAGUUUACAGUCAUGAAAUACCAAGAAGAAGAAGUAAAAAAUAUAUUCCAUUGAUUUUUGUCGAUAUCGAUCUACUGUGAAAUUGUUUGACUCAUUUAAGAUUUAUAUCACAGUUGCGUAAACUCUGGAAAAACUCAUGACUUUUCCGGACGGAUUUUGUAUAAUCUUCCUCUUCUUUUAAGUCCAAUUUUUUUUUCCCACAAGUGAAUAAAAAAGGGGUCAUUCUGUCCAGAAAGGAUGCUAACCCAAGGAAAAUCACAUUUUCAUGGGAUUUAGUGUCCCAUGAUAUUCUAAAUGCUACUUAAGAUGCUUACUGAAGCUCUAUAAAAAGUAGAAUUAGGGGAAAACGUCCCUAAAAACCACAAUCAAAGCCUGGAGUGCGUGCGAUGAAAUGUUUUGAGUGAUGUGCUUGUUUACUUAACUAGGACAUGAAAUUAAUAAGAUUUAUAGCUAUUUCAAGGAAAACCAAAUUUUCAUGUGAAUUUUUUUCUUCCCUGUUGUCUGUAAAGUUUUUAGAUUUAAAGUACGACUUUAAGUUUGCCGCAUAGGUUUUUAACAAGAAGAUUCACCCGCCAUGGAUUAGGCUACUUUCUUGCAUCACUGUGAUCCAUACUUACAGUCAGAACAGUCACAUGACACUGUCUGUUACCAUGGAAACAACUGUCCCUCUACACAUAAACAUCAGCCUGACAUCUAACCUCUGCAGACUCUCCCCUAUGCACCUCCUCUCUUCCUCUCUCAGUAUUUCUGUCCCGCAGCCUGUCAUGCCUCCCCUUUGGAAAUCUCGUGUCAAAACAAAGAGAACAGCUGACCUUUGACCCCCGCGUGUAUAGACGGCUCUGAGAGACAGACUGAUGUUAUCACAGAGAAAGAGAGAAAGAGAGCAUUACGGCUCAGGGGACAGCUGAUAUAGAGAGCAAAUAAUCUAGAGCAGAAGAGGCUGUAGUGGAAAAGAUUGAAUUUAUGUCUACUUUUAUUUGUCACUUCUCUUAUUUUUAUCUGUGUGUUUUUGUGUGCGUUGCUUCCAGAUCAAACUCCAACCCCAACAAGAUUUUUGCAGAACUGUGAAGAGGUUGGACUGUUUAAGGAGAUAGAGGAAGAGUUCCUACAAGCCGAGGAAGAGGAAAAAAGCAAACAGGUAUCAAAGGGAAUGUAAAUCACCCGGAAUUUUUCACUGAACAGCUGAGCCCUGCAGAAAAACAAAACAAAGCAUAAAUAUGUUUGUUAUGUUUGUUUUGAGAGUCUGUUGUGUUCAUGCUUCAAGUGACACUUGAAUGUGAGUGAGAUAACGGCAGUCAGAGCCAAUUAGACAACUGCAGAUAUCUGACCUGCUGUAAGGAAAGACACACCAGGCGAUCACAUUCUACUCAGUAAAUUAAACAGCAAGACUUCACACACACACACGUACAAGCACAAGGAAGGCACACACUGAAACAAAUGUAUGCAUGCAUGCACUGAGAAAAAUCAGCUUAGAUCACAAAACACACUCUGAAAGCAGAGAGCACCAUGAUAACAGCAGAUUUUCAACCCCACUUCUUCCUGCAGACGCUUUCUCACAAUGGGCCGUCGUCCUGUAUGAACCAGCAGCAGCUCAAACCCCAGCUUCACCUCCAGCACCCCCACCCCCAGCUGCACCAUCCGCAGACCCAUCCUUUGCAGCAUCCUCAGUCUCAUGGCCCUCUAAUGGGCCCUAGCUGCAGCCUGGCUGCCCAGCAAGCUCUAUCCUGCUCCCAGGCUGGAUCGGUCAUCACCCAGGCUCCUUCCACUCUCACACACUCCGGGUAAGUACAACUAUAGCUACACACACCUCUUCACACACACUUAUAUGCUGCUCUUUCUCACUCUUUCUUCCUCACCCAUCCUGUUUUGGACGAUUGGUAACUCAUUCUCUCUGGCACAGAAUGGCAUUUCCUCCCCUGAAUAAUUUAUCACUGCGCUAAUGAACUGAGAGGAGAAAAAUCCAAAGUCAAUUUACUGAGAGAACAAAGUCAUGGCGAAAGAGCGCUGCGUGACACCCACUCAAACCCAGUGACACUACCCACCCUGCCACGGUAACACAGCCUCUGUUGUGUCUGUGAGGAUCCAGACUGGAGUCGAUCAGAGCCUGAGUGGCUUCCAGGCUCCACGGUUAUCUCCCAGUUCACCGCACAGAUUAGAACAGUUCCUGUCUUUCAUCAAAGCAGACCCCAGCAGCUUCUCUUUCUCGCACUGACAUGAGACAUUUUAGGUCUUCUGAAUGUCUGAUCACUUACUAAAUGUGGGUUUGUUGUUGUUUGAAUUUACACCAUUUAGAAUAGAUCACGCUGUUAUGACACUUUGUUGUUCUUGCGUUAAUAUUCUGGCAUGUGCAACUUUUGACUGGAUGUCAUCCAAAAAUGUUAGGAAAGAUUGCCAACUAGAGUUCGAUGAAUAUUUCUUAUCACAGGAGUGAACAAAAAAAGGUCAAUUAAUCAUGGUUUACACCCUGAUUUAGAGUUAGAGAAUGCUGCUGCUUGAGAGGAUCCUGAUGUUGCAAAAAGUUUAGAUUUGCAACACUAUAAUAAGUGUAACUGAAAUCUCCUCUCAACAAAAUGUUGCUCUAUGUGACUUGAUGUGAUGUGACUGUUUGUAGUUUAAUACAUUUCCCUAAAGCUCUUGUGAGGGAUUGCUUUAAAUUUGGUGCAUCCUAUGGUCAGAGCAGUCUUUGUUAAUCUUGUCCUCUGCAUGUUUGUACGAAAGAGGAUUAGGGCCACAAGAAGAGAAAAAAAUAACUACAGGAGGGAGAUUUUUUAAAUUUCCAUUUUCAGAUUAAAGUCGAAAUUUAAAAAAGUCAAAAUCUGACUGUAUUCAUGUCGACUUCAAUCUUGAAAUUUCAACUUUAAUCUCAAAAUUUUAAUUUUUAUAGUGUCAAAAUUUUUACAUUAUUCAUGAGAUUUUGUAAUCUUGAAGUUUUGACUUUAAUCUGGAAAUGAAAAAUUUUAAUGUUGAAAGUUCGACUUUAUUGACAUAAUUUAGAUUUUUUUUAUCCUGAAAUUGCAACUUUAAUCUUGAAAUUUUGACUUUAAUCUCCUUUGUGUAAUUAUUUUUUUUUCUCUUCAUGUGGCCCUAAUCCGUUUUGUAUGUUUGAGUACUGAUUUGAGAUUAAAAAAAAAAAAAAACUCUACCAGUUGGCUUUUCGCAGUGAAAAUUGUUCAAACUGACACUUACUACCAGCAAUUUCAGGCACCAAAAUUGAUCAUAUAAGAAUUGUCAGUCUUGUUGCUGUUCAUCUUUUUUUACUUUCAGAUAUCAUGAAAAGGCAUAAAUAUAAAUUUCAUGAAUGUGAAAAACUCCUCAUUGGAGCUUUAACAUAUAAUUUCAAUACAGUGACAUUUUCACUGCAUAUAAAAACCAACUCGACUCAUGGAAAACCUUGCUAAUUUAUGUCGAGUUGACGCAAACAAUCCAGCAACACUGCCCUCACAUCGCUUACCUCAUUGUAAUUCUGCUGCUUAUGCACAUCUAUAUAUACUUGUCAUUUGAGAUGUUUCAACUGCAAAUUCUGCACCACUAGCCUACAUUUUUUCUGAGGGUUUUACAGUUUCUUUUACCAGUCAUAGUUAUCACCUCGUAAAUGAAAAUGAGCUGCUGCAUUCUUGCAUUUGAAUCCUUUUUAGGAAAGCAGACAGCAGACACAGAAUGGGAAAUAAGACAGACAUACAAUGAGGUUUUCAGACCCAACAUCAUAAAUACUGUACAUUCUCAGUGUCUCAAACCCACACAUCACUCAGAUUCCAUACAGUUUGGGACACUGUUUUGAAGCACUUUGGAGCCUAAGGAGGAAUUUCAAACCUUUGCUUAAGGUUAAGCCUCCUUAUGACCUGUUAAAAGAUCACUCGCUGAUUUUUUCUUAUAUUAAAAAAAAAAAAAGCCCUAUCACAUCUCUUAGCUUCAUUAGAUGAAUCGGCUUACCAGGGGUAAAUAAGUGGUACAAUAAUUUCAAACAUCUGUUGAGGAGCAGACAUGACCUGACAGAGCAGUACACAGAGUAAUAGCGCAGUAAAUCAGUGCCAGCUGAAGCCAGACAGCAUCUUAGUCAGUCAAACCAGUUAAGAGUUGCUCAGUGAACCACGGAUUGGGUGUCUGACUGUUUCCCCUCGUGUUUACCACCGGUUUCCAUAGCGACCCCGUCUCAGAUUGUCUGGCUUGCGGCCCAGUAGAACUGUUGUGGUUACGUUAGGAAAUGCUGCUUUGGUUAGUCUGAACUUUGUUGUAUGCUAACUGGGCCGCAUACCCCAGAUUCACUGAUGACAUCAUUGCCGAUGACCUCAGCGCGGCCAUGGAGGCCCACGCUGUCCGACUGGCUGAGAGCCACUGCGGUUAGAUCAGCACAUGACACCCUAGCUCCCAGCGUCCCCUGCUGUGAUCCCUGAGCUUUUCUCCUCCUUUUCAUUCUGUCACUUUUUGUAAAUAUUUCUGUUCAUCUUUCUGCCACUUCUUCAAUGUUUCUUCUUUUAAUGCCUCAAAUCACUCCCUUAUUCAUACCUGUUUGAAACAAAUACAACACCCCUUUGUUCAGAUAUUAACUGCUGGUCCAACCACUGAAAAAAUCGGCUUCUUUUAUCACUUCCUACUUUUGGUUUGUGGUUAUCUUGAUAAUGUAGUUUGAACGACAGAUGACCUUUUUUAACCCAGAGUUGCCAGAUCUGACCAAACACCAAAAUAGGAACCUCAAACCUGCAUUUCUUGUCUUUUUCAUAUUCCCAUUUUUAUUGAGAGGAACAUGAUAACUAUCUGUUAAAGGACUGGUGUAUAGAAAUGGAAAUAUUUUGCAAUAUCUAGCAGUCAGGUCAUGAAUUGAAACACUUAGCCCUUCCUUGAGUGAAGCACUAGUGAUGCGUCUAUGAUUCAAGUAUGAUCCUCCAUUUGUCAAGUUUCUACCAUCAAAAACGUCCCUCCAUAGAAGUUAUUUACACAACUACUCUCUUCUUCUUUACAAAAAUGCAUAUGUUGCCGUUUUGUCCUUUAAAUGUCACUGUAGAAAUAUAGAAAUGCAAGACUGCGACCUCUGUGAAGGGGGCCUACUCCUAAACAGCACACUAACAAAAACAGGUGAUAUUAAACAUAGCUGCAAAUAUUAGAUCUACCCAGGGUGUUUGGCUAGAUGCUGCACACUGUACCUUUACAUUUACACUCAUAUCCAGUAAACUGGUUCACCUCUGAUCUCCAUAGAAAAACACAUGAAUGAAACGUCAGUAUUAACUUCUAAGAUCACUGUGAUGUUUGAUUAUUUUGGGGGAGAUCCCAACCAUCACAGUUACAUCAAUCAUAGAUAAUGAUAACCUUGUUUUAAAUUUAAUGAGACAUGAACUGGUGAAACUAAUGAAAAAAAAAGCUUUAAGAAGUAUGAAUAAAAUAAUAUAAACUGAAGGAAACUCACAGAGGUUCAAUUGCUAAAAUGUCACAACAUAAGGUAGCAUUAUAUUAGGGCCUGCACAAACACUAAUCCUUAGGAAUAAAAUAUGCUGCAUACAUUAAUACAUACUAUAAUUGCAUUUUUCAAAGGCCUGUUGGAGGUUGUGCUUUUAUAAUCUCAAAUUUUCAGCCCUAACUGAUGCCGUCCAAGUAGAUUGAAAGGGACUCUUACAGUGUGUUUGAUGCUUCGCCUCUAAAAUAUUUCCUUUGUGCAUAUUUCUUAAAACAGCACGUUUACCACAUUUAGAGCUCGUUCCAGAUGUGGGAGCAUAGUUGACUGUGAGUCAAUGCAGAGGCACCGGUAACCAGGGAAGUUUUAAUCUCAGAAAUAUGAGUUUGAGUGCAGCCUAAGGCUUUACUUCAGCUUUCAUUCCACUUUAAUGACAGAGUUUUGUUAAAUGUGACUUUUUAUUAGUACUUGGAAAUAUGAAAAACAUGUAGUUUGAAGGUACCCAUAAAUGUCUGAUUCGUUUGCAAACUGCUUCAAAGUGUCCUUUCUGAGAGGAAAGCUAGCAACACAGCUUCCACCUAAGCACAAUGGGGAUAAAUAGUAUGUUGUUAUGGGAACAAGUCUUUCCAGAAACAAAUCCUGGUUAUUCUGGGUAAUCCAAAGAACAAUAGUUAUCAUAGGAAAUAUAUUUUGGUCAGAAAGUAGUUACUAUGAAAAGUGUUCGCAGUGACGUCUGUGGAUUACCCAGAGUUUGUGAAACGUUAUUUCAGAAAACACACUGGCCUCAGAAUGAAACUUCUCAAUGUUUGAAGGUUUUAUUCCAGCGCUGUUCUGUUUUAAACACGUCCAUCUAUCUCAAUCUCACCUCUAUCUGCCAUUAAGACCCAGCUAUAAAUGUUUCAACCUGCACCUCUCUCUGAACCCAGAUUAGUGAAACUUUAGCUGUCUGGUAUGACCCGUCCCCCCUCACUCUCUCUCCCUCUCUCUCUCUCUCUCUCUCUUUUUGGCUGACCACAGGCCUGUUCCCGGGCCGCUGUCAUCCCUCCUCCACAUGCGGAACAGACACAGACAACCGCUGCCAGCCUCCUUACCUGGCACCCUGCCAGACCCUGCCAUGCAAGGGGCAUCUGCUCAGCACAUGCCUGUAAGUAUGGGAGACUGGUUUCCCUCACACACACAUGCACACUCUUUUGCAUCCAGACAUACGUGCAUUAUGAAUUAUGAUUUAUACAUGCAGGUAUGGAAGCCAAAGUGGUCAAGAUCCCCUCGCUUAGAAAUAUUUAUGGCUGACAGAAAAACUCUUUUCUCGCUUUUGGAUGAAUUAAUCAAACUCCUAAUGGAUGUGACCUUGGGGGGAACUCUUUGUACUUCAGGUUAUGUUUGUGGCGAAGCUUUUUCAUGUCUCACUUGAAAGGUUAUUUUUGUGUCAAUUUUUUUUCACCGUCUUCAGAUAGAGAAGCAGAUGUCGUGUCUAAUGGGUAUACCAGGGCCUGUACACAACCCCUCCUGUUCCUCGCCUCAGGUACUGUCAGCUUGAAGCACUCAUAUUUUCUUCAUGGCUCUGUGCACUUCUGCUUCUCUCCUCUGGAAAUAACACUUUAUUAAAACUCUGAAACUAAUACCAUUAUUUUAGGCUGGACCUGAUUUUUUACCACAAAUUGAAAUCUACGGCCAGCGACUACUUUGCUUAGCUUAGCAUACAGACUGAAAACAGGAUGAAUCAGCUAGCCUGAUUAUGAGCAAUGGUCACAAGCUUGGCUCACCUGGAACUCUUAUCCUGAGCAACUCACAUGUUAUAACUCACUUGUUUUAGUCAUUGACUGGAUAUUAGUAUAAACAGCCCCCUCUCUUCUGAGACAUAACUGACAUGAUGAUGAGAGGGCAUGAACACAAAUAAUCUGACUAAUGGAGCCACAGGACUGAUGUUGCAUACCUUUGGCUGAACAACGUACACAUUAAAAGCUCCUAUAAGGAGUUUUUUGACUUUGUGAAAUAGACCAAAAUCCACAUCAACGCCUUGUCUUGAUAUCCAAAAACUAACAGAACCAUCAGUGACAAGCCUUGUGAUGCAAGGAGGUAGGAAUCCUUCAAAAGUCAACAGGGUGAGAUUUUUGGUCAAACGACACUGCUCAAAAGCAUCUACAAGACAAGAUGAGCAGAAAUAGCUUUGUUUACAAGAAGUACCAAAGUUGACUAAAACUAGGAGCUUUACAGGACCCCCCAGGUUGCUAAAGUUAACAGCAGAACUGAUUCAAAGUGGACAGUCAUGGUUAUGGAAAACUAAAAGACUCUUUUGUUUAUGUCUGAUUGGUUUCUCCUGCCUUUUCUUCUCUAUUUCCAGUAAGAACACCACAGGGGCCCACAUUUGUCAACAGAGCUGUCAAUCAAACUGUCACACCCUGUCUUUUAACAUCAAAUAACUCAUUUCUGUAUGACUAAACUCCUCUUGAAUAUGAUAAAUCAGUAUUAUGGGGGAGCAAUGGAGGAGGCGGGCUUUAUGACUAAUACUUAAGUCAAUCAUCAAGAGAACUUCAAACGUUAGGGCUCUGCUUGUAUAGCUGUCCCUCUUCCCAUUGUUUUCUACAGUCUGUGGUUUAAACCAAUCAAAAGCCAAGGUAAAAUGACAUUUUGCCACAUUACCAAGGGUAAGAGCCAGACUAUUUCUUGGCCAGGCGCAGUGACUUCCUGGAAUCUCCGCUGGCGGCUUGGCAAUCACUAAGAGCCAAGAAAGUGUUUGGCACACGGACCUGUAAAGUAUCAAAUUGUUUAUUUUAUAGACCCACUGCAGUUUUGUGCACAGAAAACAAUAAUAGGACACGCAAAAGCCAGUUGAUGAGCUAGUGGUGCCAGUCGAGCUGUUUUUCUGUUUCCAGUGUCGAUGCUAAGCUAGGCUAAUUUAUAAACAAUUUCUUUAAUUUUAUACGUUUUCACUUUACACUUCUUUGUUUAAAUAAAAGCCAAAAAACUUCAGACUGAACCUCAACCCUGGUUUAUUUGUUUCUAAUCAGUUUGGACAGGAAACAGAGUGUAACCCUAAACUUGAAAACAAACACACUUACUCACAUAAACACACACAUCUGUACUACAGGAAGACACAAACUACACACUCUCUCCAGCUUUCCUGGGUGUUUUUAUUUUCCUUGUGUCGACAUGCUUUCAAUUUCUUGCAUUCUAAAUUUUACAUUUCCUCUUUCGAGGCGCAUGUCGUAUAAAUUUUUAAGUGUGUGUGCUAUCAAAAGCAGCUUCAAAAGGGAAAACUGUGAAAUCCACACGCACAAACACAAAAACACACACACUCACAGGUUACGAGUUCAUGCGCACAGCUUGUAUCUAGAGCAGCGAAUGAAAAGUGGUUUCAGGUUUCAGAGCUGCUCAGGCCUCAGGUUUAAAUCUGAGCCUCUCUUCUUCUUCUUCUUCUUCUUCUCUUGUUUGGAUAGACACACACAUAGAACCAUUAACUUGCUCCUCAGGCUGAUUUUACUCAAAUGUGUUGUCAUUUAGCGUCACCGAAAGUGUUGUUUGCAUUUCUAAGAUGUGAAACAGGACUCCGGUCCUGUAAAACCACAGCAGAAGUAUUUACACGCCUCCGUUGUACAGUAACUUCACGCUGAGGCUGUGUGGAAAAGUAAACGCUUGACAAGUGGCUCAGUGUUUCAUGUACAGUUGUGCGUCUUCAUUCACUGAUCCCUCCAGACAGAAAUAUCAACGUGGUGUGUCAUCCAGUCCAAGGAGAUCCAUGAUGUAAUACAGGCCUCGGUGUCAGGGUGUUUCUAUGUAGUAAACAGAGCUGAAGCACUCAUGUCCCAUCCUGUUCACUGUGUGUGUUAGUGUGUGGCUGUGCGUGCGUGUUUGACUGGCAGCCUGGCUGGCUGGUUAAGCUGGCACAGACAACCCAGUGACCUCAUCCUUGGCACUGGCUAAAUGUGCUCCCUUUUCUCGUUGCUGAAUGGUUGAAGGGGGGCGGUGGGGAGUCUGCCUCUUCUCUUAAAGAAAUAUUGUGUAACAGGGAGCAGAUAGCAUUAAAACUAGGGAGGGGGGGUGAUGUCAUGCUCUAAACAUGACCUCCUCCUCUCUGCCGCUCUCCUCUGCUGAGUGGAGGAGAAAGGUGAGAUGAGGUUUAAUUUAGCUCUUACAGUCUGUUUAGUCAGACGAUACAUGGGAACGAUAAAGUGUGAAGGUAUCAAGCUGCAGACGGCAGCAAUUAUUGGAACACAUUAACCCACUUAUCCACAAUCAGAGCCACAGUUGUGGAUGAACAGGAGUGAUGGUAAUGAUGCUGUGAGAGUAGGAGUGUAACUAAGAGCAGCUAUCACUGUAAGUUUAAUACAUUUUGUUACACAGAGGUGGGACUGUGGGAAAGCAGGCUUCUUUGACCUGAAGUGAUCUGCUGGUUAGGAGCUUAUCUGCUCCUGUAGCUUGUGUAAGGGGGUCUAACACCCCUAAGCCCACUACAAGGAGGAUGGAAAAUGUAUAACCACCACCCCCUUUAAAAAUAAUGACCAAAUAUAGUUUAUUGGCAUUAUGGUGAAUGUAGUGGCAGUAGGAGGCACAAUGUUGCUUUUAAAGAUGCUUGUUGCAAUUUAUCUUUCAUAGAUACUUACCAAGGUUUUAAUUUUUCACUUUACUUUACAAGAAGGUGGAUACUAUGGAAGUAAGCCAAAAGUACGAAAGGUAUUGCUCGUUCGGAUACCUCAUGAACGACAUAGUAUACUGACAUUAAUCAAAGACUAAAACAAGGCUGAGUUCAUAAUCGUCUCUCCUAGAUAAGCUACGUUAUGUUACAUUAAGCUAGUGUUAAGAAUUCAUGGUUGAUACUGGGGCACAGACAGUAAAAUGAAGCACAUUUUUUUGUUCCAAUAUUGUUUUAGACUCAGAGCCUUUACAACAAGGCUUUUCUCAGUAAAAGACCAAGGAUUUAUCAUACUGUAUUUGUUGACAGACAUUUUGUGAAUAGCCAUUUGGCUCAUAUACUAUACUCUGGCAUGUGGAUGCUUCACCUCUGUAUCAGAACAAAGGAGUUGAAUUAAUUGGGACACCAGAGCACGCAUCGUGAUACCAGGACUGACAGUUAAUGUUAUUCUCCUUUUGUUUGUUGCUUCAUAUAACUAAUCAAACUUUCAGUGUUAAAGUUUUUUGAUGCUACCAUGCAGUUAAUAAUCUUGUGAAGCCAGGGGUGCACCCAAAAGGGUGGCCAAGAGUGGCGCUGGUCCCCCUUAAAGAACUAGGUCACUGUAGGUGCCACCAAAAUCCAAAGCUGAUUGGCUGUUUGCAACAUCAGAUGUUAAAACUAAUUAUUGUGGUUGUGUUAGGAGGCUGGCAGUAGCUUUCUUUGUGUUUAAUGCAAUUUUCUUUUGUUGAAAACUUCAAUUGUGACUUUGGAGAAACAUGUUUUGAGUCAUUAAGAAUUAAACUUAAAUUAUUUAAUCAUGACAAUCUGUAAUGUUUCCUUUCAUUGUUAAAAUAUAAAAAGGAAAUACAAAAGCAUUAUGAUUCAUACAUGAUUAUUGUUAAAACAGAUGGAGAAGACAGAGUGGGUAAAUGCUAUUAAUCUGUUUGUGUGCACACAUUACCUUUGCUCAUGCUGGUGCCCCAGUUGGGCCACCUCAGUCAAAAAGUCUGGGCACGCCCCUUUUCAUAACGACAGAUCAAAACAUGACCUCAUCUCUGCAUUCUGUAAAAAACCCUCUGGUGCAGAGAAAAGUCCUAUUAGAAUAAAGAUUUUAGCAAGAGCCACACCCUCUAGACAGUGGGUGAUAGUGCUCAUGGGAAAUGUCGUUUUCAUAAGCGUUUGUAUCAUACAGCAUUUAUUUCAUGUAACUUAAACUGUUCUAUAAAGCGGAUCACAUGCUCACCACUGUAAAUCAUUUUUUAUGUCCACCCAGAGAUCCAAACAGACAUUGGGCCACCACUUCCCCCAGCACCACCCUGGAAUGAUCAACGUCAACAACCCUGUGACAUCUAUGAGCCACAUGAUGGAUAUGAUGCCACAACGCCAGUGUCAUCAGGCACCUCCACUACAACACCACCAUCAACCCCCUCACCCACCUCCUACUCAUCAUCAUCAUCAUCACCAUCAACAACAGCAUCAUCAGGCACAGCUUCCAGCUCAGCACCUCUCGUAUCAACCGCGAUGCCACGCUCCUCCUCAGCAGCAUCUGGGCAGCCCACACAGGCAUCAGCUCCACCAGUCAGUGAAUGUAACGCACGCUCAGGCUCACCAAUCACCGCCUCAACAUGUGCACCAGGGGUCACCUCCAGCACCUCCUCUGUCUGUUCCACCGCAGGUACAGUGCUCCAUGUUCACUGACAUGACAGUGGCUUUAGAUACAGUGAUCUGAUUGGAGAAGAGGUGUUCAAUAAUUGUUGGACUAGGGUGCACAAUCACUGGAAUUGUAGUUUUUAACUGGCUUCAGGUAUCCUGAGUACUGUUGACGACCCUGGUAGAGGGUCUUUUCCAAAUGGGCUCUAUGCACAGCUCCAUUACUUCCUGAACUUAAGGCAGCUCCUUUAUUUCCUGUAUUACAUCAUUGGACAAACUGAUUAAUCCAGGUGUGACUGAUCAUUGUGACUAGUCAGACACACCUGGAUUAAUCAGUUUGUCCAAUAUUGUGAGACAGGAAAUAAAGGAGCUGCCUUAAGUUCAGGAAGAAGUGGAUCGGUGCACAGAGCCCAUUCAGUAAACCUUAGAAUUACACAGACCACCCAUCAAACUCUCAAUACACUCUUAUUUUUACAUGUGACACAGAGUAACAUACAAAUUCAAAAUCACCAAAAUGUGUUUUUAAUUAUCACUAUGAAAGCUCCUGUAAUGACUCUUUUGAUGUUCAUUAAAUUUUCAUGACGUCCUAAAGCAAAGAAGACCACAAGCAACAAGAUUGAUAACACUUUUACUGAAGAAAUGGUCAUGUUUUUACUAUUUUCACUUAAAAUAUUCACAAUGAAUUGUGACUAUCAAUGGACAACUUGGACUACUAUGGACAACUUGGUUCCACCUUCAGCCAGUAUAUGGAUUUGAAGCCGAAAAUCUCUCAAUAACUGCGUUUUUCUUCACUUCCUGAAACCAACAUUGCGCAGUAUCAUUGUACUCAUUCGGUGGGAGAGUCCCCGAGAGUCGCUAUGAUGAUGCUCAGCUCAAACAGCGUAUCCACCAGAUGGCGAAAUUUUUUGUUGUUGGGUGGUAGGGGAAGGUCCCGCUGUCCUUCAGCUAGAAGUGUUGUGCUUCGAUUGGUUCUUCCUAAUGGCCCUGAAACACCAUCGACUGUCGGGUUAGGGUUAGGGUUAGGAGGUUCAGAAGUGUGAUAAUGUUCUGUAAUAUUCUGUUUGAUGUACAGAGCCAACAGCUCGCAUUUGGCUUGAGCGUGUGAUGGUGUUUCCAGCUUAUCUAGCCAAUCAAAGGCAAAGAUGGCUGGGGGAAUUGGGAUUUAUGACCUAUACUGCAGCCCGUCACCAGAGGGUGCUGUUCUCAGGGUGGCUUCACCCAGCGAGGAGGCAGAUGGCGCCCAUUCUAUUUACAAUCUAGGGGCAUUACUCAAACAUGUAGAGGACAAAAUGAGCCAAGCGUACUUUGACAACAGAGGGCGCUAAAGUGGACACAACCCAAAAAGUCCUUAACAGGAGCUUUACAUACUGCAGGCCUCUAGCUGAGUCUGUUAUAACCAGAUAUCGCACUCAGAGCCAGGCUGUUAUACUUAUGAUCAGUAUUGCUCUGUUCAGGAUUCUUGCUAAGCAGCAAAUGCAGAUGAUUUUUUCAUAUUUUUUUAUCAUUAUUACCUUGCAGUUAUCACCAGUUGCACAGCAGAUGCAGGCCUCCCAGUCAGCCCUCCCCCAGCACGCAGUACAGCCAGGUGGGAGCUGCAGCGGUGCAGGUGUAGGAGGAGGAGGUGGAGGUAGCCACCGCCGCAGAAGAACAACAGACCAGGACCCUGACGAGCGAAGGCAGAAGUUUCUGGAGCGUAACCGAGCCGCAGCCACCCGCUGCCGACAGAAGAGGAAACUCUGGGUGUCGUCGCUGGAAAAGAAAGCCGAGGAGUUGACGCACACAAACCUGCAGCUACAGGUGGGACACGCUCGGACAAGCACACACACACACAGACACACACACACACACACACACACACACACACACACACACACACACACACACACACACACACACACCCACACACACACACACACACACACACACACACAAACACCAUCUGCACAAGGAGGAUACUCAGUGUUUCUCUGUCUUUCUAGAACGAGGUGACGUCCCUGAGGUCAGAGGUGGGUCAACUGAAACAGAUUCUGCUCACUCAUAAGGACUGUCCCGUCACCGCUCGGCAGAGAGAGGCACAGGGGUUCUCUAGUGAGUAAAACCCACUACCCUGUACCCCCCCUCUAGAAAUCUCACCAGCUUUUUUCCAGACGCCUGACAUCAGUCAUCUCCAUCCAUCACUGUGGGCAUAAUUCAGAUACCUUACACCAUGCACAUGCACAUAAAGGAGUACGCCAGGGUUACAAAAGCCCCCUACCUUGCAGUAUCUCUGAACAGUAUCUUACAGAAUGAAACUAAGCAGCACUUAGAGUAAAACUCAGCUUUUCUCUACUUUUUGGUACCUGCACUUUUAUUCCUAUGGGGAGCCAAUCAGGGGAAAACACUGCACUCUUGACUCUCCACUUAAAGGAAUAGAUUUUUCAGUGUCAUGUUCAUUCUCAUUCAAAGCACCAGACCUUGAUGGUAUUUUGAAAUAAUGCAAGAAUCUAGCGAUGGCUGUUUUGCUUAGCAUUAAACUAGCUUGGACAAAAUGCAGAGCACGCUCAUCUUGCACUCCAGUCGGGGUAAAGUUAAUUUCAGAAAUGACUGACCCUGCAUGUGGCCUAAAAUGACAGAAAUUGAGGAAAUAGUGCACCUUGUGGCUUCAAAAAAAGAAGCGUGUUUAAAGUGUUAAGAAAGAUCCAGAGAGCAAAAAAGUUGUAUUAUUAGCCAAGUGUUAAAUACCUUUAUUUCUAAUGUUGUCUUUUUACCUGUAUUUGUUUAAAUAAAAGAGAUAUUUUCCUUAAAUCUAGUGGAUUUUCAUUCAUUUACUUACUCGAAAGAAACACAAAUCACUGAACCGACAAACCACACCGGCUCAGUGACUUUGAUUGAUAGCUGUCUCUGUGUCCAGCUGCAGGGGUGAGCGAGGGAGGAAGUCCCGCCCCUGUAGGUCCUGGCUCUCAUCUGCAGGCCAUCCAACACAACAGCAUCUCCACCUCCUCCUCGACAGUGGGGGUCGACACGGGGCACGACCUCCAGCCUGGACGCUAGCACUCUUAGAGGAGGGGGAGGGACUGGAUGUUUGAAUCCCACCAGACUGAAUGAUCUUUUCUGUCAUAACUAUACUUCAGUCUCACUUAGCUGUGUCUCUUUAGGUAAAAUACUGGACUGGAUUAGUGAGGUUAUAAACACAUGUGAACACUGCAGUGCUUUUGACAUCAUUUAUAAUAGUUUUUGGUGAAGCCAAGACCAGAACCACUGAUAUAUUUCCAUAACUGGUGCAAAAAAAAAAGGACUUUUCCUCUGAGCCUGCGAUGGUUACAACUGGAUCUUGUGUUAUCUCAGAAAAGUCUCCCUCUGUCCACAUGAAUCUAACCGUUGCCUUCAACCCACUAACUAUGCACAUACACAAUCCUAACACAUCUUUGCAGUAUCUUCCCCUCUUCUACCUUGCACUAAUUCAAAGAAAAAAAAAAAAACCUAAGUAUUAGUUUUGUAAUUUUACCUGAGCUUAUGCAAGCGCACACCUUAUGCCUUCUCUGUGAUGCAGAAGCAGCUUGUUAAAAAAAUGUAUUUUUCUACAAAUUAUUCAUGAGACAAAAAAAAUGUUUAUCUUGAGAUUUCAAGCUCAUGUCUAUGGGACAGCCAUUCAAACCAUGAUUGUAUUGAAUCUCCUUUUGAGCACUUUUUAAAAUCAACCUAAGACACUAAACAGCGACAGACUGCACCUCAUGUCUCAAUCCCUGUUGGUUAUUAAAUUCAACCUUAAUUCUGGUAUUAUUUUGUUUUUUAAAUGUCUGUUUAAACUGGUUUUGAUUUAAUAAAACCUGUUAGACCUCUGAGCAUUA